GAGAGAGUGAAAUCAGCCAAACAUCCGAGGUCAUGAAACGGUGAACCCUUUCUCACGUCGGUCUGAACAGUGGCUCACGGUUUCUUUCGCCAAUGAUGUGUGUGUCCUUGUCUUGUCCAAACACUACCACCGGCCGUGACUGUGAGAAACUUCAGCACAGGUUCUCCUGAAUGACUAACAAAGGAAUGUGAGAUAACCCGGUGUGUACAGAGCUAUGGGAGUCGUUUAGGCGUAUAAAUGCAAUGCACUUGAUUCGUUUGAUUCGGUAAGGGUCCGCUUGAAAGGCGAGUCAACAUGCUUCCUGCCUGGUUCUUCAGCGCACUUCUCCUGAGCUCUGUUCUUGGAUUUCCCAUCGAUCCCGACGACACAAGAAACAGCACAAGUAAUGAUAAAGUUUCCAGUGUACCACCUCCCGUAAACAAUAACAGCUCUGAUCCUUCAAAUCCGUGCCAGGACCUCUCCCGUAAUACGACUGUACCUGGAGUCUCAAAUGAUCUUCUCCUGAGGAGUCCUGCUGCACCACCAUGCCGAUUACCGACAUGCUUCAUCCAUGACCUGGAUUCGGGUCUGCGUCCUGGAGAUGAAAAAGCGGGCAAAGCUGCCUCCUCAUCUCAUGGCCCCGGCAAGAAAUGAGGCGAAAAGGAGGAUUGUGAAAAACAGAAUCGUAUAAUACAACAACAUACAGGAUGUAGCGUAGAUUUAAACUCAUAUACAAAUGAUGCAGAUUGUAAUUUCUGUCGAUAUGUUUAAAUAAAGCUGUGAAAAUGA